AGUGCCCCGCCCCCCUCCCUCCCCCCGGGCGGCCCCGUUACGCGGGGGCGGGCUGCCCUCCCCGCCGGCCGAGGAGCCCCCUCCCCCGGGGAGCGCGCAGGGCCGGACAUGCGGCCGCGCCGCGGCCUGCCCCAUGGAAACGCCGGGGGGGCCGCGCCGCCCGCAGGCCCCGCCGCCGGCGCCGCCCCGGCCCCCGCAGGAAGGGAGCUGGCGCCGGGCCUCGGCGGGCAUGCAGCGCCGCCGGGAGGAGGAGGAGGAGGAGGAUGGGGGGGAGGAUGAGGAGGAAGGCGGCCCGGAGAGCGCCCUGGCCAAGAGCCCCUUCCAGCUGACGGCCGGGGACGUGUACGACAUCUCCUACGUGGUGGGCCGCGACCUGCUGCAGCUCGGCGGCGGCCCCGCCGUGGCGGCCGCCGUGGCGCGGCUGCAGUUCCGCAUCGUGCGGGUGCUGGAGAUGCUGGAAGCGCUGGUGAGCCGCGGCGGCGCGGCCCGGGAGCGGCAGGAGGCGGCGGCGCCGCGCGACGAGGGGGCGCGGGGCAGCGCCCAGCAGCUCAGCCUUGGACCAGACAAAAUGGUAAUAGACCUCACAGAUCCCGAUCGCCCCCGGUUCACGUUACGAGAGCUGCGAGAGGUACUGCAGGAGCGUAACCAGCUGAAAGCUCAGCUUCUCGUGGUGCAGGAGGAGCUACAGUGCUAUAAGAGUGGGAUCAUCUCACAGAGAAGGGACCAAACUGAGAAACUGGAAACAGAAUCCAGUGGCAGCAGCCCUGGCACCAGUAAGGACAGCGAAGACAAGACGAUCAUCAAACGGCUGUUCUCUUUUAAACAUGGAAAAUGAACAUGAAUGAGAACUUAACCACUUCUGCUCAGAAAUGGCACUGUUUAAAGCAUCUAAAGGAGUUGAUAGAAGCCAAGCACUGGAGGCAUCACUCUUGCUGUGGAGAAUAAGCAGUCUCAUAAAUACUGUUUUUGUAUAAUAUUUUCAGAAUAGAUUAUACUUUGCUUUUUUAGAAACUGUUCUAUGAUGUUCAUAAUUUUUCUAUUUGCUAGAUUCCUGCUAGACAUUCCCCACAUGCAGAGAAUAAAUCUUUAUACAAA